UCGAAGAUGUCAACAGAAAAACAGUCCACAUGGAAAACGUGACGUUUCAGAGAAUACCGAUCAGAAUGAGAUAUGUUCAUGUGUUUGCAUGUGUACUAAAGAGAAUGCAGUAGCUUUUAUCGGAGUGAAGUUUUGCAAAAUUAGAAGCACCUAUCCCUAGCAUAGCUCUGUUUGUGUGGGAGAUUCGGUUUUAAGAUUUACGGGGCUGACUAAAUACGUGCCACCACCUGCUGUAAAGAAAGCCGCGUGUACUUUAUUAGCUGAUGCCUUAUGGUAAAGGUGCUGAGAUCUGUAAACAGUUUAUGCAAAACAUUUUGAAUUCUUCAUCAGGAUAACUCAUGACAAAGGCAGUUGCCGUGUCUGCUGGGCCUUACAUCUGUAGGCUGACACAUUGUUUGAGUAAGAGAUGGAUCUGGCAAGAAGUGCUCCACCACAAACUGGAAGAACACAACAGGAUGAUACAGCUGGCAGUGUAAGGCAAGAUGAGUCACAAACUGGACCCUUUGCAAAUGUACUCUUCCGUGAAAUUCACAAGAAUGCUUUGCUGAGAAAACUGACAGUGGAGAAGAGAAUGGGAGCAUUUCCUAAGAAAGGUGAACGCGUCUGGGUUGUUUUUUGUGUACACGAUGAUUCAGAGCCACUACUUGAAAUUUAUAACUGUAAGAACAAAGCUGUUACUCAUAAGCCAGACUGGUUCGUCUCUCUCAGCAACUGCUUGCAUGUUUCACCUACGAUCUGUCCCCAAGAAGAUGAAUAUGAGUUUGUAAUUACCUUGAGUUCUGAUGUUGUCCGUCUUACAGCACCUUCCUGGGACUUAAUGAUGGAAUGGGUGGAAUGCAUAAGCUCAAAACUACGGGAAAUGCACAUACUGUCUCCACGUGAAAAUGUAUAUAGCAAAAACCCAGAGACAGGGCCUCGACUUCCAUUAGCACCUACACGUGAUCCCAACUCGCCACUUCCACCACCACCUGCAGGCCCUGCCACAGCUGUACCUGGUAUUGAACAAGUUGCCAGUACUGGAGGAGAAAGUUCAAGUGCAGAGCAGUCGCAUGAUUUUCCAAAUAGUUCUGCUUCAUCUUCGGAAGACACAACUUCUUCUGUGCAGCAAUUGAAUUAUGAUGAUGUUACUGUGCAACAGAGGGCAUGCACCACAUCGCUAUACAUCACUCAGUCAGAGCCGCCAGUUUACUCAAGGUCUCGUCACGUUCUUUGUCGUACAUCUUCUGUUCCUGAUUCAAGUUCUUUGAAUGCAUUAGCUCGUUCUCCAGUAGCACUACGAAGUCCAGCAAGAGAUGCUCAUAAUUUCGUCACAGAUACAGAUGAUAAUGUGACAGUUGUUCGUGUCAACUCUGACCAUGUUCCACUGUCGGCAGGUUACCACCCAGCGGCCAUCUUUGACUUUAGCACAGCUGCAACACAGAUGAGUGUCAACCAGACUGAAUGUGACAAUGCUGCUGGACCAGUUGAACAGAAUGAAGUAAGUGAUACCUCACUUAGAAAUAUGACAGAUGCUAGACAGAAUCUAUCAGAUGUACAGACAGAAGUAGUACACUCAAAUAAUGUGGCACCAGAUGCCUCAGAUUCCAGUGACAGUCAUUACGAAUGUGUAUUUUUGGCUCGCACACCUGCAGAAACAGCUACAACCCUAAAAUCGGAAGAUGAGAGUCCAACUCUGUUGGUGGAUAGUCCUCUUCUAGCUAGUACAUUGCAAGACACAGUAGUUCCUGCAGAUGGAUAUCAGAGAAAUGGCAGAUUCAGAGCUGUCUCAGGGUCAGAGACACAGGUUUUAAGAUCUGUAUUAAAUCCACCUGCUAUGGAGGCUGCAAAUUUGCACAGGGCUUCCGAUGCUGAGAGGCAGAGUAGCACCUAUUUGCCUCCGAGACCGACUGAUAGGCAAGACAGUGUGCCUGCGACCUCUCCAAGAGCAGAUGUUGUGAGGAGACCUGGCGGUUAUUCUACUAAUCAAAGUGAAAGACAGGAAACGUCGGCAGGUAGCACAUUGAGAGUUGGAGGAUCUGGACUGACAGCAGGUCGACUGACAGAAAGGUGUGAAACAUCUUUGCAAGGUGCACCAUCAGCAUCACAGAGAGCUGUAAUCACUUCGAUUGGUAGAAUCCCAGAGAGGUCAGAUCAUAUUUCUGCCUCUGCCACGAGAGGAGCCGAUGUUGAGAGGCAACUACAGCCUGCACCACAUCCUUAUCACAGACAGGUUUCAUUAGAAAGUGUAACAAGUGGCAAUAGUGGUGUUGCUGUUAGUCGAAUGACGCUAAGGGAGCAACAAGUCUUUCAGUUACGCCGUGAAAUGGCACAUCCUGGUGGAGUUAGAUUGCAGUUACGUCGUAAGGACUGUGUGGGAUCUGUUGCACUUGUUGAUAUAUUUGGUUCUGUGUGGAUAGCUGGCUGGAAGCAGCGUGAACAUCCAAUGUUGUACAAUGCCCUGCAUAUUGGUGAUCAGCUUUUAACAGUUGUAGGAGUUCCUGUUCAGAGUGCGACAGAUGCCAACAGGCUUAUUAGAGGAGCCAUGGGACUCUAUGUGGAGCUCGUUAUUCGUCGUGUACCAUUUGGACGUGUGUUUGCCAUUCAUCGAGAGGCAGACGGACAGAGUUUAGGUGUGCUGCAGGAAGGCAAUACAGCUGAAGUACGUGAUGUUGUAGCUAACUCUCCAGCAGCUCGGGCCGGUUUGGCUCCUCGAGCACCAACGUGUGAUGGACUGUCACUCACCACAUGGACUCUCACGGAGAUAAAUGGUCGACCCUUAAACCUGUUCUUCAAGGACGGAGAAGUUCGUGACCGUCUGAAUGCUGUCGGAAAAGAGGUUUCUGUCUUAGUACAGCCUUCUGACUUUGUGAGGCAGCUUAAGAAGCAGCUGAAAGCCAUCAGAGGUUAUAAGGAUUAUAUUGUGCAAUAGUGGAGGUGUUUUAUUUUCCUUAAACAUCACAUGUCCUGUCCACAGCCAUCUACCUUUCUUCACAUACAUAUUUACUGACAGUAGUUGUCUUUGCCCUGCCUUUUCUUCACACACCUUUCCCCAAAUAGCUUGGGUCCAUGCCAUCCAAGAUAUCUACCCAGUGUAUCAUUCAUUUAGACUUAUUUUACAUUCCUAUCCUUCAUUUUAUCAUAGAUAUAUAUUAUAGAGUAAAUAUCAUUUUUUUAAAGUUUCGUCUUCCAGUGAGGUGUCUGGUGCCUUCAGAAUAAGCAUACUGUGAUACGUAAUUGCUAUAAUAGACUUUAGCUUACAUUUGUUAUGAAAAUAUCAUAACACUUACAAAUUAUGCUGCUGCUUACUGGUAUUAAGAGAUAAGUAUUUGCGACAACUGAA